GGUUCCUGAAGUUUUUGAGUCGUUCUUUCCAACGUGUGGAAAUUCUACCGGUUCUGGGUCAUAAAUUUAGUCAUCCAAAACUUCUCUAUUACUCUCAUUCUCUCUCCCUGUAGCCACUCUUCCGUUAAAUUGUGUGAAGUUAGGGUUUUAGAGACGUUCUUCUCUUGCGAUAAUCAACUCGAAGCGACAAGAUCCAGUCUAGAUUAUUUAGGUCAUUUAUUUUGAUCGAUCUGUUGCUCGGUUUAUUCAUUAACAUCAGAAAUUCGGAUUUUAGGUCAUUUCGCUCUUUGUUUUAAUAAACUCUCCUUCUCGCCUAUGAACUGGUUCCCAACAAAGUGGAUAUGCAGUUCAUAUAGAUGCCAUACAGUGAUAGGGAUCUUCAUGAUAUCUUUGGUUCCACAGGAAGAUUUUUCUUUCAUUUUGGAGGAUGGAUACUGAGACACUGCAAAGACCUGGUUACCAGACCCACAGGGAAUCUUCUUUUUAGAUCCGCUGCUGAAGGAGAAGUUCAUUCAACAGAUAUGGCUCAGGCAAAGCCUAUUGAUAUUACUUCUUCGGAUAGUGAAAGUGAUAUAGAAAUUGGAACAGAAGAUACAGCUUCGGUACGUAACAGAUCUGUUUCUGCCACAAGGCAUCUUCCUACAUGGGCUAAGAACUCAAAAGGUCAUGGUGGAUUGUCCCAAAAAUUUCCAGUGCAUAAUGGAUCAUCGGCUCCGGGUGUUAGGCAUACAAACUAUAAUCACCAUUCACAGGUCACCCCACAGAUGCGUCAAAACAGUAAUUUUGCCCAGCAUGUUGCCCUGCCAGAUGAUUCAAAAAGUUCAACAGCUAAUCGGUCAAUUGCUCACCCAGGCGAUGGUUUAGGUCCCCACCAGAACCCUUAUCAAAUUAUGGAUUCCAAGUAUCUCAGCAUGCCUGGUGUAGAACAAUCAGCGAGGGUUCUUCCACCUUCUUUUGGGAAUGGCAAUCAGAUUUCUGAUACCCAUGGAAGAACUUUUUAUCCGCCAGCUCAUUUAGGGAGGCAACAUGAUGACGAUGUUGUAAUGUACGAAGCUAGUGGGGUUAGAGCGUUGCCUGCAUCUGUGAUGCAUGGGAGGUCUUUCAUUAAUUCCCAGGGUACUAGUUCUAGUGAACCAGCACAUCGUUCUGGGGUAGAGGACAGGCCUGCAGAAAAUGAUGAGAGACUUAUUUUCCAAGCUGCUCUACAGCAUCUUUCCCAGCCAAAAGCAGAAGCCACUUUGCCUGAUGGUAUUUUGACGGUCCCUCUGUUAAAACAUCAGAAAAUUGGAUUAGCAUGGAUGUUCCAAAAGGAGACAAAUAGUCUGCAAUGUUUAGGUGGAAUUCUAGCAGACGAUCAGGGCCUUGGUAAGACUGUCUCAAUGAUUGCCCUAAUACAAAUGCAAAAGCAUCUACAGUCAAAAUCAGGUGCAGAAGAGGUGCAGACUGUUCCCACUGAGGCCUUGAAUUUGGAUGAUGAUGAUGAAGGGGUUGUUUCAGAAUUAGAAAAAGUAAAGGAUAUACCUGAUUCCGAUGAAGUUAAAAAGGUCCCAGAUGUUAGUACUUCUGUGUCUUCAUUCCAAAGUGGGAGACCAGCGGCAGGUACAUUGGUUGUCUGCCCAGCAAGUAUUCUUCGCCAGUGGGCACGGGAAUUGGAGGACAAGGUUACAGAGAGCGCUAGGCUCUCUGUCCUAAUUUAUCAUGGAGGCAAUAGGACGAGGGAUCCUGUGGAGCUGGCAAAAUAUGAUGUGGUUCUCACAACAUACGCCAUUGUAACUAACGAAGUUCCGAAACAGCCUCUAGCCGAUGAUGAUGAUGAAGAUGGAAAAAGUGGGGAAAAAUAUGGAAUUUCUUCAGAAUUUGCUGGUAGUAAGAAAAGAAAAAAUAUGCCAAAUGCUGGUAAGAAAGGUAAAAAGGGUAAGAAAGGAAUCAAUGGUUUGGGAUUUGAUUGCAACAGUGGUACACUUGCAAGGGUUCGUUGGUUUAGAGUUAUACUGGAUGAAGCUCAGACUAUUAAAAACCACCGGACUCAAGUGGCUAGAGCUUGUAGUGGUCUUCGAGCUAAGAGGAGGUGGUGCCUAUCUGGAACUCCUAUACAAAAUUCAAUUGAUGAUCUUUUUAGCUACUUCAGAUUUUUGAAGUAUGACCCUUAUUCUGUCUACAAAUCCUUCGUUACAUCGAUAAAGUUUCCAAUAUCCCGAAAUUCAAGCAAUGGCUACAAAAAGCUUCAAGCAGUUCUGAAGACUAUCAUGUUACGGCGUACAAAAGGAACGCUGCUUGAUGGUGAACCAAUUAUAAAUUUGCCGUCGAAGACGGUUAACUUGACGAAGGUGGAGUUCUCCGCUGAGGAGCGUGCCUUUUAUUCUAAGCUGGAAUCAGAUUCACGCUCGCAGUUCAAGGCAUAUGCUGCAGCUGGCACUCUGAAUCAGAACUAUGCAAGUAUUCUUUUGAUGCUUUUGCGUCUUCGUCAGGCUUGUGAUCAUCCCUUUCUUGUCAAAGGCUUCAACUCUAAUUCAGCUGGAGAAGCUUCCAUAAAAACAGCAAAAAAGCUUCCGAAGGAUCAGCUUAUGGAUUUGCUCAAUGAACUAGAAGCUUCUUUGGCGAUAUGUAGUUCAUGCAAUGAUCCACCAGAGGAUGGAGUUGUUACCAUAUGCCGGCAUGUCUUCUGCUAUCAGUGUGUAUCUGAUAAUUUAACUGGUGAUGACAAUGUGUGCCCUGAGCCUGGAUGUAGAGAACAGCUCAGUAAUGCUGUUGUCUUUUCUAAAGCUACUUUAUUAAGCUGUCUUUCUGACGAGCCUAAUGGUGCUUCUGCAAGUUUGUCUGAAGUUGCUGAUAGUUCUUUAGCAUUGCCGAAUAUGUAUGGUUCAUCAAAAAUUAGAGCUGUUGUAGAAUUUCUGGAAAAGCAUUGCAAGUUGAAGACUUCAAUUUCCGAGGGAGCCAAUGGAUUUUCUCAUUCUUCUGAAGCAGAUAAUGAUGUUAAGGGCAAGUCUGCAAAUCCAUUGGAAGAUACUACUAACUCUCACAGUAAUGGAACAGAAAAAGCAAUUGUUUUUUCCCAGUGGACUGGUAUGCUGGACUUAGUUGAAUCUGCAUUGAACCAAUCAUUAAUACAAUAUAGGAGACUUGAUGGAACAAUGAGUUUGCCUUCAAGAGACAGAGCCGUUAGAGAUUUCAACACUGAUCCAGAGGUGACCGUAAUGCUGAUGUCACUCAAAGCAGGAAACCUUGGUCUAAACAUGGUAGCUGCUUGUCAUGUUAUAAUGCUAGAUUUAUGGUGGAACCCAACGACUGAAGAUCAGGCAGUUGAUCGGGCUCAUCGAAUUGGGCAGACUCGUCCUGUUACAGUAACACGCUUAACUGUCAAGGAUACUGUAGAAGAUCGGAUAUUGGCUCUCCAGGAUGAGAAGAGAAAAAUGGUUGCAUCUGCUUUUGGAGAAGAUCAAGUGGGUGGCACUGCAAGUCGGCUUACGGUGGAGGAUCUCAGAUAUCUUUUCAUGGUUUAAGGACAAAUGCAUGUUUUUCCUCCGUACCACAUAGCAGUCAAAAGUUUAUGUACACAAUUUUUGUCUAACUAUAGGAAGUGUAGAGGUGCUGCAGCUGUGCAUCUGCAGCUCGCCUGCAUGGUUGUGAAUCAGAGCAACAGGCUAACUAGUUGCAAUUAUUAUCGAAUGGUGAUUUCUGCCACAUCAUUGCAAUCAAAUUUUGUUUAAGAUUGAAUGCACAUAUACAUAACCAGGCAACAGGACUGUGAAUAUGCAUGCUCUUCAAACUUCCAGGUAGAAUGGAAACCUUGGUGGUCUGCAUUGUUAGUUUAUCUGAAGAACAAAAAGCUUGCUGUAUAGAAUGAGAAACUGAAGGCGUCAGAUGGUUGCACAUGGAACAGUUUUUGGCUUACAGUGGGAGACUGUGAAGAGGCUUACAGUAUCUUUGUUGAUCAUCCAAAUGUAUGAAUCUUGGAUGGUUGCAAGUCAACCAUUGGAAGAGCAACAUUGCAUAGCAGGGUAGAUGAGCUGAUUCUUUUGCAGUGGCAAGUGAAUGAUGUUCUGAACCUUCUGGAUCGUAGCUUGUAAUAAGGUAUAAUGUUCUUUUGGAUUUAGGUUGCAGAAGUAAGAAUAUGACUUCUCUGCAGAUCAGUUCAGACACAAGUUGCUAGUCUCUUCAGGUUGUGCAUGGUAUUUUUGCUGAAGUUAAAUACGGCAGCUGGGCUCCAUAUAUUUAGCAUGGAGCCGUGUUGAUGGUAAUCUCGGAGCUUUUGUAUUGUUCCUUGUUGCCUGUUAUGUUGGCCGCUAUAUUGAUAUUAACUGUUAUCUUACUACUUUUGAGUAUAGCAUAAUGUUAGUAUGGGGCUAAUUUAGAUUUAAAAGCAGGACUCCAUAUGUU